UCAUCUCGUCGCCUCGAUUCUGCAAGCAUGGAGGCCGUCGGUGUAGUCGCUUGUUCAAGUCUCAGUGACGCCUCAUAUGAUGGUGUCGUGGUUGUCACAGACGAUGUUGAGAAACUAAGAGGUGCUCUUCAAGUGUUGCAGGCUCCCAUACAAGAGUUUGCAAAGCUGGACAAGAACUAUGACGACGUGGACGCUGUACAUCUGAUCUCUACGGACCGUGUUCCAUCACAGAGACUGAUUUUCGCCCCGACUGGCCCCGUCACGCGGGAUUAUGAUGACGUCAGACGCUACGGGGAGGCGGCCACCAAAGGCAUCAAAAGAUGUCUCCAGUGUGGAUGUAAGCGCCCCCUUCUGGUAUGCACCGGAAACGAGAAAUUCCCCGACGCAUGCGCUGUGGCGGCUCUUGGGGCUCUUCAGGCUCUCUAUGUGCCUUUAGAGGUAUGUGAGGGUCGCCCAGAAAAGAAGCAGAAGGCGGAGGUGUUGGGGCUGUUCUGUGCUGAUGGACAAGGGGAGGCAACUGCUGCCACUGCUGAAGCCGUUGAGAAGGGGAGAAUUGUGACUCGUGACAUUGGUGGAUCUGACCCUGAGCGGAUGGCUGCUCCCCGAGUUGAAGAAUAUGUGCGCAAAACCUUUGAAGGGACAUGCAUUAAGUUGGAAGUUGAGUCGGAUCGGGCGGUCCUGGAGCGGGAUUAUCCAUGUGUGGCCGCUGUUGACCGGGCCGCCAGAUUUGUCCCCCGUCACCACGCUCGACUCAUCUUCCUGGAGUACAAGGGGGAGGGUGACAUCAAGAAAACCAUGUUCCUGGUCGGGAAGGGAGUCACCUACGACACCGGCGGCGCUGACAUCAAAGCCGGCGGCAACAUGGCCGGCAUGCACAGGGACAAGUGUGGCGCAGCGGCCGUCGCCGGAUUCUUCAAGAUUCUGUCGAUCCUGAAACCCCCUGGCAUCAGGGUGAGGGGUGCGUUGGGCAUGGUGAGGAACAGUGUGGGUGCAGAGUGCUACGUGGCUGAUGAGAUCGUGACGUCACGCGCGGGGGUGAGGGUGAGAGUCGGGAACACGGACGCCGAGGGGAGGAUGGUGAUGACUGAUCUCCUCUGCAAAUUCAAGGAAGAGGCAAGCGAGCCAGGUGUUGUCAACCCCCACAUCUUCACCAUCGCCACCCUCACGGGCCACGCCAAGAGGACCUGCGGUGACGCCUACUCGAUUAUCAUGGACAACGGGCCAGCGGGAGAGGUGGACACGGCACAUGCCAUACAGCGUUCUGGAGACAGGUUCGGGGACCCCCUUGAGGUGUCGACCAUCAGGAGAGAGGACUACACCAUCCACAAGGGGAAGUCGGAGUACGAGGAUACUCUGCAAUGCCAGGUUGGUGUGAGUGCCCCGCAAGUCAGCAGAGGUCACCAGUCUCCAGCAGCCUACAUGAUGAUGGCAUCAGGGCUUGACAAGCAUGGCAAAGACUCUGCGACACCCCUGAAAUACUCCCACAUCGACAUCGCGGGGUCAAGUGGGCCCUACCCUGGGGUCCCCACAGCGGCCCCUGUCGUGGCCCUGGCAGCUCAGUUUGUCAUGUAGGAUCUCCUGGGUGCCCGGCUGUCCUAAAGGGAUCUCCGGUUGACCGGAUGCGUUCAUGUUCGUGAAGACGCGGUUCCCAAAA